CAAUUAUUUUUCUUAAUGACAGACUCAAUUGUUGGAAACUUGCAAUAACUCACCAUUUGAAAAUAUUAUAUCAACAAGAAUGGGAAACUGAGUUUAGCAUCAAAUAUUAACCACCAAGAAAUCCUAUCCCGUUCCGGUUAAUAACCCGAAAACCCGAACGGGAAACCCGAAAAUUUUACAAUGGUGUUCACCGAUUCCGAUUCAACUCUUCUUCUACCAUCAGGUUCAGGAACAAAGAAAAAAGCACCAGAAGACAAAUUUCAUUUAGCGUACAUAAUCUAUUUCACCCUUGGUUUCGGUUACUUACUUCCAUGGAACGCAUUCAUCACAGCCGUUGAUUAUUUCUCUUAUCUUUACCCUAAUUCAAGCGUUGAUCGAAUCUUCGCCGUUGUUUACAUGCUCGUUGGUCUCUUUGGUCUUUCCAUUAUUAUUCUCUAUAGACACAAAUCUCAUGCCUAUGUUAGGAUCAACCUUGGUCUUGUUCUUUUUGUUGUUUCGUUGCUUAUUGUUCCUUUAAUUGAUGUUUUUUAUGUUAAGGGUCGGGUCGGGUUUUAUUAUGGGUUUUAUUUUACUGCUGGUGCGGUUGGACUUUCUGGUGUUGCUGAUGCUUUGGUUCAGGGUUCUAUUGUUGGAUCUGCCGGUGAGUUGCCGGAGAGAUAUAUGCAAGCUGUUAUUGCUGGAACUGCUGCUUCUGGGGUGCUUGUUUCUUUCCUAAGGAUAUUUACGAAAGCUGUUUACACUCAAGAUGCCUCUGGCCUGCAAAAGAGUGCAAAUCUCUACUUCGCUGUAUCAAUUGUGAUUAUGUUCAUAUGCAUGGUUUUAUACAAUCUAGCACACAAACUUCCCAUUAUGAAGUACUAUAAUGAGCUAAAGAUUGAGGCAGUCGCUGUGAACGAAGACGAUGGUCCUUUGACUGGAUCUGUAUGGAGGUCAACUGUAUGGGAUACCGUUGGAACAAUAAAGUGGUAUGGGUUCGGCAUAAUGCUCAUUUAUGUUGUGACUCUCGCAAUAUUUCCCGGUUACAUAACAGAAGAUGUCCAUUCUGAACUUCUUAAUGAUUGGUAUCCAAUUCUCCUUAUUACCUGCUUUAAUGUGUUUGACCUUGUUGGCAAAUCCCUCACUGCAGUAUACCUCCUAGAGAAUGCAAAAGUUGCCAUAGGUUGUUGCAUAGCAAGACUGUUGUUUUUCCCUCUCUUCUUAGGAUGCUUGCACGGUCCAAAGUUCUUCCGAACAGAGAUUCCCGUGACCAUACUGACUUGUCUCUUAGGGCUUACAAAUGGAUACCUGACCAGUGUAUUGAUGAUUUUAGCUCCUAAAACUGUAAAGUUGCAGCACGCAGAGACUGCAGGGAUUGUGAGUGUGUUAUUCUUAGUUGUUGGUCUGGCUGCUGGGUCUAUUAUAGCUUGGUUUUGGGUCAUCUAACCAGGAAAUUUGAUUAAUUAAGGGACUCCAAAAGCUACAUGUAUUUUGACUUCACUCAACGACAAGUCAAAACAUGGACGAGUUUCCUUCAUUUGUUUCUCGAACACGGAAAAACUUGUAAUCUUACCUUUGAAAUGUAUAGGAAAUAACACUUCUUUCUUUUCUUUAUUGUAGCAUCACUUUUACAGGCACCAUGUUGGUCCCUUUGUCUUUGUUCUCCAUUUAUGCUUAGAAUUGAUUGAAAAACAAAAUGUAAAGCCUAAGCAUGUAGGAUAUGUCUGAAAGUUUAAGUUGGUAUUGCUGUGUUUGCAAGAAAGAUAAAUACAUUCCUUUAAAGGAUGCACCUGUCAAAAUCCUUGUAAUCAAAUACUGAAUUUUUUGGAAACACUCUAAUAGAGAAUGAGGGAAAUCAAGUUUUC